AUUUGAUUUAAGAUCAAAAUAACUUUCACCCUUAAGCUUUUGUCGUGUAAAAAAUUUAUCGUAAAAUCACGCAAAACAUGCCAAAAUUAGUGUCGUGUGACUUUGAAGUCUUUGGAAAGGUUCAAGGAGUUUAUUUUAGAAAAUAUACCGAAAAACAAGCAACUGUUCUCGGUUUGAGAGGAUGGUGCAAGAAUAAAUCAACUGGAUCUGUCAUAGGGAAGAUAGAAGGAGACGAAACACGCGUCCAUCAGAUGAUGGAUUGGUUGAAAACCACAGGAAGUCCGAAAUCUAACAUCGUCAAAGCCAUCUUCAGUGAACCCAAAGCAAUCCAAGACUUUUCAACUAGAAACUUUACAAUCAGACGUUGAAUCACUUGCAUCAUCAUCAUUCAAACAAUAGAAUCUUCUUCGUUUUGCUUGUUUUUAUGCAAUAUCAUGAUCUUCUUGUCAGUCACUUUUGGCUUAUCUGAUGAUGCUUGAAAAACGAAUUUUUUUGCAAGUUGAAUAAAUAAAUAACAGAAAUUUCAUCGUCAACAU